UAAAUGAUUCAAAUGUUCAGUUCUUGGACCAAGAUGAUGAUGAUGAUCCAGACACAGAACUGUACCUCACACAGCCCUUUGCAUGUGGAACUGCAUUUGCUGUCAGUGUGCUGGACUCUCUCAUGAGCGCAACAUACUUCAAUGACAAUAUCCUCACACUGAUACGGACAUUGGUAACAGGAGGAGCCACACCAGAGCUGGAAGCACUGAUCGCUGAGGAAAAUGCGUUGAGAGGAGGUUACAGCACGCCCCAGACACUUGCAAACAGGGACAGGUGUCGAGUUGCUCAGUUGGCUUUGUAUGAUGGGCCGUUUGCAGACCUAGGGGAUGGAGGUUGUUAUGGAGAUCUGUUUUGUAAAGCAUUGAAAACAUACAAUAUGCUUUGCUUUGGAAUUUAUCGAUUACGGGAUGCACAUCUAAGUCCCCCCAGCCAAUGCACUAAACGUUAUGUUAUCACAAACCCACCAUAUGAAUUUGAGCUUGUGCCGACGGACUUGAUCUUCUGUUUGAUGCAAUUUGACCACAAUGCUGGCCAGUCCCGGGCCAGUCUUUCUCAUUCCUCCCAUUCCUCCUAUUCUUCCAGCAAGAAGAGCUCAUCAGUUCACUCUAUCCCAUCAACAGCAAACCGACCGAAUCGCACCAAGACCAGGGAUUCACGGGAAAAACAGAAUGCAACAAGGAUGAAUAGAAUGGGCCAAGAAAAGAAAUGGUUUACAGAUGAGCCGGAUAAUGCCUAUCCCAGAAACAUUCAAAUCAAGCCCAUGAGCACUCACAUGGCCAAUCAGAUCAAUCAAUAUAAAUCGACAAGCAGCUUGAUACCACCAAUCAGAGAAGUUGAAGAUGAAUGUUGACUCCUUCGAGGCCAGAACUAUUUUUUUAAAGCCUGACAAACUUCAUGAAUGGUGAUGUGACAUUUAUUACUCUUACAUGCUGAACCACUGAUGGAGAAGUUAAGACGGGCAAGCUUAAUGGGAAAAUAAAGUAGACAGAUCUUCGUUUGUCUGCCUUUAAUAUUGCUUCCACGUAUUUUGGAAACUAUUUCAUUUAUAAAUUAACAUAAUCAAAACUAGUCAUGUAUAGCCUCUAACGUUUUAAAUUAUUUUUAUUUAUUAGAAAAAUAUAUUUUUCUUUCUUUUUUUUUUUUCAUUGUCAAGUAUUUUCCCUUAAAAAAAUCUGCGUAUGUGGCCAGACUCCUAAGAAUUAAGAAAAACUCUCAGUCUCUGGCUUAAAGGAGAAUGAUGGUCACAGUUAUAAGGACAUGUAAGUAAGGGAGACAAAUGAUAUAUUUAGAAAAAGAAGAAAAAAGUCCAACUUGUAUUUUAGUAAAUCAAAAAAAGAAGAAGAAGAAAAAAAAAGGAACAGUUCACCAAAAUGUUUCGUUACUGGAGGAUGUGUAUUUUGUUCAGCAUUGACACCAGCUCUUAAUAAACUGAACUUAUUUAUUUUCAAAGUUGGAAGUCAUAUUUUUCUACAUGUAACAUUCUUCUGAAUUACUCUUUGGUUUAUUACCAUAUACAGGUCAUCUUAAUUGCCAG